AGUGUCAUAUUCACCUGCGCAGUCUAGGAGUUGGAGCCAGUAAACUACAAGCACUUUUGGAUUAAAUUAUUAUUACGGCAUAGGAUAAGGACUAUUAUCAAACCAUAAUGAUGAAAAACAAACUUAUUUGGAUAUGUUUAGCAGGUGUUUUCUGCACGUGUGUUAAAGGAACAACCACAGAAGCCCCAACAACUACAACAGAUUCUCCAACAACUACAACUGAAGCCCCAACAACCACAACAGAUUCUCCAACAACUACACCCACAACAGCUGCUCCAACAACUACAUCCACAACAGCUGCUCCAACAACUACAUCCACAACAGCUACUCCAACAACUACACCCACAACAGUUACUCCAACAACUACAACAGCUGCUUCAACAACUACAACUGAUGCCCCAACAACCACAACAGCUGCUCCAACAACCGCAACUGAAGCCCCAAUAACCAUAACAGCUGCUCCAACAACCGCAACUGAAGCCUCAACAACCACAACAGCUGCUCCAACAACCGCAACUGAAGCCUCAACAACCACAACAGCUGCUCCAACAACCACAACUGAAGCCCCAACAACCACAACAGCUGCUCCAACAACCACAACUGAAGCCCCAACAACCACAACAGCUGCUCCAACAACUACAACUGAAGCCCCAACAACCACAACAGCUGCUCCAACAACCACAACUGAAGCCCCAACAACCACAACAGCUGCUCCAACAACCACAACUGAAGCCUCAACAACUACAACAGCUGCUCCAACAACUACAACUGAAGCCCCAACAACCACAACAGCUGCUUCAACAACUACAACUGAUGCCCCAACAACCACAACAGCUGCUCCAACAACCACAACUGAAGCCCCAACAACCACAACAGCUGCUCCAACAACCGCAACUGAAGCCCCAACAACCACAACAGCUGCUCCAACAACUACAUCCACAACAGCUACUCCAACAACUACACCCACAACAGUUACUCCAACAACUACAACAGCUGCUCCAACAACUACAACUGAAGCCCCAACAACCACAACAGCUGCUUCAACAACUACAACUGAUGCCCCAACUACCACAAGAGCUGCUCCAACAACUACAACUGAAGCCCCAACAACCACAACAGCUGCUCCAACAACUACAACUGAAGCCCUAACAACCACAACAGCUGCUUCAACAACUACAACUGAUGCCCCAACAACCACAACAGCUGCUCCAACAACCGCAACUGAAGCCCCAACAACCACAACAGCUGCUCCAACAACCGCAACUGAAGCCCCAACAACCACAACAGCUGCUCCAACAACUACAACUGAAGCCCCAACAACCACAACAGCUGCUUCAACAACUACAACUGAUGCCCCAACUACCACAAGAGCUGCUCCAACAACUACAACUGAAGCCCCAACAACCACAACAGCUGCUCCAACAACUACAACUGAAGCCCCAACAACCACAACAGCUGCUUCAACAACUACAACUGAUGCCCCAACAACCACAACAGCUGCCCCAACAACCGCAACUGAAGCCCCAACAACUACAACAGCUGCUCCAACAACCGCAACUGAAGCCCCAACAACCACAACAGCUGCUCCAACAACCGCAACUGAAGCCCCAAUAACCACAACAGCUGCUCCAACAACCGCAACUGAAGCCUCAACAACCACAACAGCUGCUCCAACAACCACAACUGAAGCCUCAACAACCACAACAGCUGCUCCAACAACCACAACUGAAGCCCCAACAUCCAGAACAGCUGCUCCAACAACUACAACUGAAGCCUCAACAACCACAACAGCUGCUCCAACAACCACAACUGAAGCCCCAACAACCACAACAGCUGCUCCAACAACUACAACUGAAGCCCCAACAACCACAACAGCUGCUCCAACAACUACAACUGAAGCCCCAACAACCACAACAGCUGCUCCAACAACUACAACUGAAGCCCCAACAACCACAACAGCUGCUCCAACAACCGCAACUGAUGCCCCAACAACCACAACAGCUGCUCCAACAACCGCAACUGAAGCCCCAACAACCACAACAGCUGCUCCAACAACCACAACUGAAGCCCCAACAACCACAACAGCUGCUCCAACAACUACAACUGAAGCCCCAACAACCACAACAGCUGCUCCAACAACUACAACUGAAGCCCCAACAACCACAACAGCUGCUCCAACAACUACAACUGCAGCCCCAACAACCACAACAGCUGCUCCAACAACUACAACUGAAGCCCCAACAACCACAACAGCUGCUCCAACAACUACAUCCACAACAGCUACUCCAACAACUACACCCACAACAGUUACUCCAACAACUACAACAGUUGCUCCAACAACUACAACUGAAGCCCCAACAACCACAACAGCUGCUUCAACAACUACAACUGAUGCCCCAACUACCACAAGAGCUGCUCCAACAACUACAACUGAAGCCCCAACAACCACAACAGCUGCUCCAACAACUACAACUGAAGCCCUAACAACCACAACAGCUGCUUCAACAACUACAACUGAUGCCCCAACAACCACAACAGCUGCUCCAACAACCGCAACUGAAGCCCCAACAACCACAACAGCUGCUCCAACAACCGCAACUGAAGCCCCAACAACCACAACAGCUGCUCCAACAACUACAACUGAAGCCCCAACAACCACAACAGCUGCUUCAACAACUACAACUGAUGCCCCAACUACCACAAGAGCUGCUCCAACAACUACAACUGAAGCCCCAACAACCACAACAGCUGCUCCAACAACUACAACUGAAGCCCCAACAACCACAACAGCUGCUUCAACAACUACAACUGAUGCCCCAACAACCACAACAGCUGCUCCAACAACCGCAACUGAAGCCCCAACAACUACAACAGCUGCUCCAACAACCGCAACUGAAGCCCCAACAACCACAACAGCUGCUCCAACAACCGCAACUGAAGCCCCAAUAACCACAACAGCUGCUCCAACAACCGCAACUGAAGCCUCAACAACCACAACAGCUGCUCCAACAACCACAACUGAAGCCUCAACAACCACAACAGCUGCUCCAACAACCACAACUGAAGCCCCAACAUCCAGAACAGCUGCUCCAACAACUACAACUGAAGCCUCAACAACCACAACAGCUGCUCCAACAACCACAACUGAAGCCCCAACAACCACAACAGCUGCUCCAACAACUACAACUGAAGCCCCAACAACCACAACAGCUGCUCCAACAACUACAACUGAAGCCCCAACAACCACAACAGCUGCUCCAACAACUACAACUGAAGCCCUAACAACCACAACAGCUGCUUCAACAACUACAACUGAUGCCCCAACAACCACAACAGCUGCUCCAACAACCGCAACUGAAGCCCCAACAACCACAACAGCUGCUCCAACAACCGCAACUGAAGCCCCAACAACCACAACAGCUGCUCCAACAACUACAACUGAAGCCCCAACAACCACAACAGCUGCUUCAACAACUACAACUGAUGCCCCAACUACCACAAGAGCUGCUCCAACAACUACAACUGAAGCCCCAACAACCACAACAGCUGCUCCAACAACUACAACUGAAGCCCCAACAACCACAACAGCUGCUUCAACAACUACAACUGAUGCCCCAACAACCACAACAGCUGCUCCAACAACCGCAACUGAAGCCUCAACAACCACAACAGCUGCUCCAACAACCACAACUGAAGCCUCAACAACCACAACAGCUGCUCCAACAACCACAACUGAAGCCCCAACAUCCAGAACAGCUGCUCCAACAACUACAACUGAAGCCUCAACAACCACAACAGCUGCUCCAACAACCACAACUGAAGCCCCAACAACCACAACAGCUGCUCCAACAACUACAACUGAAGCCCCAACAACCACAACAGCUGCUCCAACAACUACAACUGAAGCCCCAACAACCACAACAGCUGCUCCAACAACUACAACUGAAGCCCCAACAACCACAACAGCUGCUCCAACAACCGCAACUGAUGCCCCAACAACCACAACAGCUGCACCAACAACCGCAACUGAAGCCCCAACAACCACAACAGCUGCUCCAACAACCACAACUGAAGCCCCAACAACCACAACAGCUGCUCCAACAACUACAACUGAAGCCCCAACAACCACAACAGCUGCUCCAACAACUACAACUGAAGCCCCAACAACCACAACAGCUGCUCCAACAACUACAACUGCAGCCCCAACAACCACAACAGCUGCUCCAACAACUACAACUGAAGCCCCAACAACCACAACAGCUGCUCCAACAACUACAUCCACAACAGCUACUCCAACAACUACACCCACAACAGUUACUCCAACAACUACACCCACGACAGUUACUCCAACAACUACAAUAGCUGCUCCAACAACUACACCCACAACUGCGGUUCCAACAAAUACCCCCACAACAGGUACUCCAACAAUUACAACAGCUGCUCCAACAACCGCAACUGAAGCCCCAACAACCACAACAGCUGCUCCAACAACUACAACUGAAGCCCCAACAACCACAACAGCUGCUCCAACAACUACAACUGCAGCCCCAACAACCACAACAGCUGCUCCAACAACUACAACUGAAGCCCCAACAACCACAACAGCUGCUCCAACAACUACAUCCACAACAGCUACUCCAACAACUACACCCACAACAGUUACUCCAACAACUACACCCACGACAGUUACUCCAACAACUACAAUAGCUGCUCCAACAACUACACCCACAACUGCGGUUCCAACAACUACCCCCACAACAGUUACUCCAACAAUUACAACAGCUGCUCCAACAACCGCAACUGAAGCCCCAACAACCACAACAGCUGCUCCAACAACUACAACUGAAGCCCCAACAACCACAACAGCUGCUCCAACAACUACAACUGCAGCCCCAACAACCACAACAGCUGCUCCAAAAACUACAACUGAAGCCCCAACAACCACAACAGCUGCUCCAACAACUACAUCCACAACAGCUACUCCAACAA